AUGUCACCACAAGCUCUAUUUAACCUCCCUACUCGCUGGCUGUACGCACAUUGCUGUGUCCGCACUGCGUCCAGUCGGAGGAACCUCGUUUACUGCGUAGACUCCGCAAGUUGUCUUUGUUUUCUUACCAUGAUCUUUCAGCAGGUUUGUAUCUGGUUCUUCUGCCUGUUUUGUCUGGGCGUCCAGGGAAGAGGGACCUGUAACUUCAACGAUGAGUUUUAUGCAGGCGACCUGGCCAAGGGCAACAAGUUUUAUGGCCGGUGGUACCUGAUUAUGCAAGCCUCCUCCACGAAGGCCGGAUUGGAGAAAGUCACGAAACUAGACAACGCUAUCUACACCUUAAUCAAAAGAGACGACCUGAAGAUGUUUGCCAAAGGGGACGUGAGAGCUGCAAAUGCAGAUGCCUGUAUUCACAAUGAGUGGAUGUUCCAUGUUAAUUCAGCGACCAAGCAUAUGAUGAGGGAUGAUAUCGUGCAUCGGGAAUAUCGUGUAUAUUCACCUGAUUGCAAGAAUUGUAUGAUUCUGCGUGAGACACAGAAAACAGGCAAACGGGUCUUUGACAGAAUAUUACUGUACGCCAGGAAAGUUAUUGUAUGCUCCACAGUGAGAGACGAUUUCCGAACCCGAGCCAAUUGCUGGAACAUGAACGAGAUCUUUGUCCUGCCUCAAAAAUUGGCAUUUUGUGCUUGAACAUCACCCAACUCUGGAAAGCUUGAAACAUGAUGCUCGAAGCCCCUCUUCUCUCUGCUUACGUCUCCCCCACCUCUCUCUCUCUCUCUCUAUUGGUCUUUCUCAUCAAUAAAUUA